CUCAGACCUUGUCUCAGUCAAUUUGACAUCAAGUCGCUACCAAUGGCUUCUUCCGAUCCCGUUGACGAUCUCACCACGCCAGACGGGUCGCCGAUCCAACGUCUAUUAGACGAUCUGCUCUCCAAAAUCCUCCAUCGAGCUGCUCAACCCGACGCAUUCCAGCAAGCUCUUGUCUGCAAGAAAUGGCGUGACCUGGCAUAUGGUGCGCAGGUUUCCAUCUGCGUGAGUGAAUCACGUCGCAUGAAGGGCCUUCCACUUCUCUCCCAGCUCUCGACAUUCCCGAAGCUGAAAAGGCUCGUCUUCGCCACUCGCAGUCUCGUUCGCGUCUCGGACGUUUUCCUCUCUCGCCUAGCUGACUCGCAUCCCGAUCUGACACAGCUUCACAUUGAGUCGAUGAUGGAUUGGCCCAGACCUGGAGGGGAUUACUCGGAGGAGGGACUUUCGUGCCUUUUUAAGAGCUGCACCCAACUUGAGGAUCUGCGUCUAGGCUGGUCGUCGUGCGUUUCUAUCAUUCCGCCUUCCAUCAGCAAUCUCACUCGGCUAAAGAAACUCCAUAUCGGUGCAGAUCAUAUCGAGCAUCUUCCCGAGUCCAUCACCUCGCUACAGUCAAUGGAGAGCCUUGAGCUCUGCAUGGAAAAGCUGCAAGACCUUCCGUGGGAUUUCGGCAAUUUAAGCUCGUUGAACUCGUUCCGACUGGAGCAGAUUUCCGCUCUUUUUUCACUCCCGGAAUCCGUUCAGCAGCUUGCCAAUCUCCACCGCCUUUCCAUCGAAGGUCGCGGAAGGUUUCAAUUCCCAGAUGUUCUUUCUGAACUCCGUCUGUUGAAAGCCGUCGAAAUUACGAACUGUGACGAGCUUUUGCCCCUGCCUGAAAGUUUUGGGAAGAUCACAGCGCUGGAGAGCCUACGUUUGGUGGCCGUGGGGGGGAUUACGGAGCUUCCAGAGACCUUUGGGCAGCUGCAGCGGCUGCAACUCAUUUCCAUCAGCUUUUGCUCCGAUCUCGUUUCGCUGCCGGGCUCCUUCACCAACCUAUCAUCACUCACAAGUCUCGAGCUGUCUCGGACGGCGAUAUCAGAGCUUCCGGACGAGAUUGGACGAUUAUCAGAGCUACGGUUUUUCAAGCUGGCAGCUGCGAGUCUCACAGGGAUCCCGGACUCCCUAGGAGAUCUGACAAAACUGCGGGAGCUUGGUAUUUUUGAGUGUUCGCAGCUACGGCAGCUGCCUGACUCCCUCACCCUGCUAUCGUCGCUUGAACGGCUGAGCGUGACUGGUUGUCCGAGGCUGACUGCUCUUCCAGAUGGCAUUGGGGAUGGCUUACACAGCCUGCGUGAGCUCACAGUGAGCUGCAAGGCACUCACACAACUUCCUCCAUCCUUCGUCCGGCUAACAUUCCUCGAGAAGCUGGACAUUUCUAAACUUGGGAGCAUGGGAGGCUCCCUACCAGAGGAUUUUGGCUGCUCCCGGAGCCUAAAAAAACUCUCUCUACGGCGCGUGCCGGGUCUAUCGGCCCUCCCUACCUCCCUUUCACAACUCACCAGCCUCAAGAUUCGGAGUUGCAAGGGUUUUAAGCAGCUGCCGGGUGAAAUAGGACGACUUGAUUUGCUGGAGAAGCUGACACUCUCAGAUCUAGACAGUUUGGAGGAGUUUCUUGUUCUCGAAGCUGCUGUUUUCCUGUCGUUGCAGAGGCUGAAUCUUAUCGGUCUUCCUUUUGAUGCGCUAGAUCCAUCAGUGGGGCGUAUCUCAUCGUUGAGAACGCUGGCGCUGUCAGAGAUGCGUGUGCUUCAGUCACUGCCAUAUUCGCUCUCUCGCUUGUCGAAUUUGCAGGCACUAACCAUCGACGACGCCAAGCGUUUGGAAUCGUUGCCAGAAGCAGUUGGCAGUCUUGCGGGACUCACCACCUUAACACUGUCAGGCCUUGACAACCUGCGGGAGCUGCCCUCAUCGUUCGGGCAGCUGAAGAUGCUCAAGUGUCUAGACAUCUAUGGGUGCCCAAAGCUCACCAAGAUCCCAGAAUCUUUUCCUUAUCUGUCCAACCUGCAGCACUGCUCCCUUUCUUGGUGCCGGGAAAUAACGUUCCUUCCAGAAGACUUUGGAAAGCUUUCCUCUCUCGAGAGUCUCAAGCUAAUGGAGAUGCUGAAUCUCCGCAGCCUGCCCGACUCUUUUCUUCAGCUGCAUCGAUUGAAGACACUCCAAGUGAACGGGUGUGCGCAGCUGGCCCAGCUGCCAUUGUCGCUCUGUGAUAUGCCGAUGCUGCGAUGGCUUGCCGUCUAUGAUUGCCCUUUGAUACCGAACCGGGCAUACCUGGAUGCAGCAGAAGGUGAUUGAGGUGGAGUCAAAAGGUGUUCGACAACAGGGAAGAGGGGGGGGGGAUUGGUGGGGGCACUGGUUGGAUAUGGAAGUGGGUGAGGGGGAGAAGACAGUGAGGAAGGGGAGGUGGCAGAGAGGAUGUGGGUGAUGGGAAGAAAUGACCAGUGGAGAAAGUGAUACCGUGAAUGAGGAUGGGGGAGGGGAGGGAGGGGGGAGGAGGAGGACAAGAUAAAGGAGCAAGAGCAGCAGGGAAGGUGGUGAGAUGUGGAGGAAGAGGACAGGCAGGGGAGAAAUGGUGUGCAUUUUGUAUAAGGGGUGGAUGGUAUGGGAUGACGGGGAGGAGACAGUUGAAAAGGGUUUCGGAAAAGGGGAUAUCAUAACUGUUGUACAGAAGGGGACAUGCGGAGAACAAUGUGUUGUCAGACGGUCACUCGUAUAUACUUAAUGCACCUCACUUUCGU